UUCAGGAGGAGGCUGAGUGAUGAGGAGCUGAGCAGCAGAAUCAUCUCCCACAUCCAGACAUCCAGGAGCCUCCACAUCAUGUGUGGAAUCCCAGUCUUCUGCUGGAUCACUGCUACAGUUCUGGAGCACAUGUUGAGCAGCGAGCAGAGAGGAGAGCUGCCCCAGACCCUGACUGACAUGUACUCCCACUUUGUGUUGGUUCAGACAGACAGGAAGAAGCUCCAGUAUCAUGAAGGACCUGAGACGGGUCCACAGGAGCUGACGGAGGCUGACAGGGAGUUUCUUCUGAAGCUGGGCAGGAUGGCCUUUAAACAUCUGGAGAAAGGAAACAUGGUGUUCUACCAAGAAGACCUGGAGCAGUGUGGUCUGGAUGUGACUGAGGCCUCGCUGUACUCUGGAAUCUGUACUCAGAUCUUCAAAAGAGAGUCUGUGAUCUUCCAGAAAGCUGUCUACAGCUUCGUCCAUCUGAGUGUUCAGGAGUUUCUGGCUUCGGUCUUCAUGUUCCACUGUUUCACCAACAGGAAGACAGACAUACUGAAGACCUUCCUGGAAGAUGAUGAUGCUUUCAACUCUUUAGACAUCUUUCUUCAUAAAGUUGUGCAGAAGUCCCUGAGAAGUCAGAAUGGACACCUGGACCUGUUUGUCCGCUUCCUUCAUGGCCUCUCUCUGAAAUCCAACCAGCAACUUUUAGAAGGUCUGCUGGGUCAGACCGAGAUUAGUCCAGAAACCAUCCAGAGAGCCAUCAAGAUCCUGAAGGAGAUCAACAGUCAUGGAAUGUCUCCUGACAGAAGCAUCAACAUCUUCCACUGUCUGAUGGAGAUGAAGGACCUCUCAGUACAUCGGGAGAUCCAAAAGUUCAUGAAGUCAGAGAACAGGUCAGAGAAGAAACUCUCAGAGAUCCACUGCUCAGCUCUGGCCUACAUGCUGCAGAUGUCAGACCAGGUUCUGGAGGAGUUGGACCUGCAGAAUUACUGCACAUCAAAGGAGGGACGAAGGAGACUGAUCCCAGCUGUAAGGAACUGCAGGAAGUUUCGAGUUUCAUACUGUGAGCUCUCUGAUUCUGACUGUGAAGUGAUCUCUUCAGCUCUGAUGUCUGAUCCCUCCCAUCUGAAAUAUCUGGACAUGAGUUACAACAACCUGAAGAAUCUGUCAGUGAAGACUCUGUGUUCUGGACUACAGAGCCCAAACUGUAAACUGGAGACUCUGAGGUUGGAGGACUGCAGUGUGUCGAACAUCGGCUGUUCUUCUCUGGCCUCAGCUCUUAAGUCCAACUCCUCCCACCUGAGGGAGCUCUACUUGAGUUACAACCAGCUGCAGAAGUCAGAUGUGCAGCAGCUGGUUGAUCUCCAGCAGAGUCCAGACUGCAGCCUGCAGACUCUGAGGUGGAUGUGAGAGCAGAGAGGACGUUUUGUGUCCUGAAGAUCUACUGAGAGCAGAGUUUCAUCCAGCAUUGAGCAAUAGAGGAACCAGCAGAAGAUCUGCAGUGUGAAAAGCUGUGAGAGUCCAACAUCAAACCAGGGUUCCUCUGAAUGUGACAGAGAAUCAUCACAGUGUGUGAACUGUAUCUCCCCCUCCUCUGUCAUUUUUCCACUUCAUUUUGCCAGUAAUUAUUUGAAGCCAACUGAAGUCUUAAGGUCCAGCUCCAGUCUAUUUCUUCAGUUUUAGUCUGCUGCUGAUUGUGACUCACUGGUUAACAGGAGAAUUUCAAACUAGCCUCCAUGUUAAGAAGGUUGCAGACCUGUUCCAGACAAAGACAGAUUGUGUUUCACUUCAAUUAAUACGUUUAGAAAACUGACAGACUUCACAGAGAAGUUAAGCUUCUUAAUUAAGUUCUUUGUUACGUUCACGAUACACAUCCACAGUAAUUACAUCAAUGUCUGUUAUUAAUCUUCAAACUGGUCGAUCACUGCUGUUUAAGGUCUGUUUUUAUUCAGACCGAAGGCAGUUUAGAAAUGAAAUAACUUUGCAUUUGAACCAAAAUAAUGUCCCAGUAAGGCUCGACUAUUCAUAAAAAAACAUGUGGCUUAAAAAAAAUAUGUAUAUAUCUGAAGCUUCACCUUGAUUGUAUGGUACAAACUUUCAGGACCAUGGACAGCACUCUAAACCCAGUAAUGAAGUCCCAGUGCUGUGGAAGAUGGAUCUUCAGAACUGUGAACACUUGUACCGUAACUCCAGUGAACAGUCAGAUAUGUGAUGUACAGUAGUCAGUAAUCAAUUCACCUUUUUUUCUCUCUCUCUUUUUUUUUUUUUACUGAAAACAUUGAACACCAGUGGCGGCUGCUGGUCU